AUGUUCACAGUAGAUGAAACUCAUUGCCCAAAUAUCAAAAGAUAUGCCAUUGGCAGAUUUAUCGACAUUGAUGAGAAUCUUCUGAAGCUCAAGCUCCGGUAUCCGGUCAGGACACAAAUACAAAAUCCAGAAGCCAAUAUGUACUGGAUAACAAAAUCAAUAAUGGACACCUCGUCUAGGCUUAUGUCUGAGAUUGAUGCAGUCUACAAGAAGAUGGGCAGAAAAAGUACGGCAUUCUGGAAGAAUGUUCAGGUGGUCUCUGUCCUAGACUGCGGGUCACAAAAUCCAUUUGAUGAAUCCGAGCUCUACAUUCCGCAUCUAGAUGCCUAUGUAUACUCCAAUAAUGAUGGGACCCUUCAAACUACAAAUUUUGAGCGGAACAGAUGGGACACUCUCCAUUCAACAAUGUCAACAAUAUUGUCUGAAAGUGACACAUCUGAUUCAGAAUCUUCAAGCUUGUAUGAAGAGUCUUCCACAGAGGAUUAUGAAGAAGUAGACAAACUAUCAACAAGUUUACCAGCAGUUGAGAGCCAUAGCGACGAGGAUUCUAUAGCAUCAGAUGAUGAUUCAGUAUCUGAAAGCACCAGUGAAGCGCCCCAAUCAAACUCUUCUGACUCAACCAAUCCACCCGAUGCCGCAACUUUGACAGAAUUUCACCCGUUUAGUCGAUUUGCUCCGGAGCUACAGAGAAUUGUCUUCAAGCUGGCAUUGCCUGUUUCUGACCCACUUCUCUUGAAGUUUGAGAUCGACGUUGAGGAGCUUCCUACUAUGAUUCGUCAGAAUAAGAAAACAGGAGAGAUUUAUCACUCGGAUACAGAUUUCACAAUCACAACCUCUGCCUGGAGUGCCAAAUCUCCUCCCUUAUUGCCAAUUUUGCUAGCAUGUAAAGCUUCUAAUGAGGCUGUAACAAGCGGCGGAUACGAAAGAAUUGCUGUCUCUUUUCCAGAUAACAACAAUCGACAGAACAACUAUGUUAUGAAGCAAAAGCCUCACCUGAACAUCGAAUAUCUUACAUUACCACCUCCGCAACGCAAUCAUACUUGGCUACGCCCUGCCAAGGAUACAUUGGUGGUUUAUGCAAAGGAUUUCGUGAUGUUGUAUCAACAUGGCGGCUCUAUGAACCUUGAAAAUAUCACACAUCUGGCGGUACACAACCUGUUAGAGAGAGAUAGACACAAUGGAAGUAAAUUAAGAGCUCGAAAUCUCUGGAAAUGGGUCUUUCUUAUUGCCGAAAAGCACUGCCCGACGUUGAAGAAACUCAGUCUCCUUCUCGGUAUCGACUUCACAGAGGAGGACGACGAUGACCCAUAUGUCAUUGAACAUGAUACACAUAACAUCAUUGUUGAUGUUGAUGAAAAGUUCUACCAACUUGAUUUUCAUGAUGAAUCAUAUGAUGAACGCUCCGUGGCAGGCGGUGAGCGAUUUGGAAUCGAUGAGCUGUUUACACAAGAGAAGAUGGUUAUUGAGCUAAGAGACACAUCGAGUGUGCUAGCAGAGUAUUUGAAUGAACAUGUUGACGACGAAGACAAGGCUAAGUAUUGGAAGAAUGUCGAGGUCCUCCCUGGCUUCCGAGCUAGGCCCGAUCACAUGCAAAAUACAACGAAGAUUAUGGGUGUGGGCGCGUGGGUACCCCAUGAUGCCAACGGAAAGCUAGUUUGCAGGGCUUAG